AUGGAUGUGGAAGAGGAAGAGGAGGAGGAGCAGAUGGAGGAUAAGGAGGAAGAGCAGGAGAAGGAGCUGGAGGAGGAGGAGGAGAAGCAUGGGGAGGAGCAAGUGGAGGAGGAGAAGGGGUGGAGGAGGAGAAAAAAGGAGGAGAAGGGAGAGGAAGUGCUGGAGGAGGAGUGGGAGGAGGAGUUGGAGGCAGAGAAGGAGCUAGAGGAGGAGGAGAAGCUGGAGGAGGAGGAGCACCAAGCACUGCCAAGGAAGUGCAAGCUCAUAGAGAAAGAGCACAAGGAGAGGAAAUGUGCAUGCCCAGUGGUGAUUGACCUGGACAAGGAGAUGGAGGCAGAGGAGAUCAUGACCAAGCCUCACAAGCAGCUGGUGGUGUGCCAGUACUCUGAAGGCAACACUGAAGAGCAAUGCAAGGAGGCCACCAGACUACUUGCCCUGCCUGACCUGGAGCUUGUUCCAAACUGA